CUCUCAAACUCUCCCACGACUAACCCCCUGCAUCUUCUCUUUUCCCCUUCCUGAUCAGCCACACAAACAAACAACACUCCUCUUCUUCUCCCCUUAAGAAAACUUAUUAAUUUUAUCCAACUCAGUCAACAUUUCUUGGUUUUCUCUCUAUUUCCUCCUAUGAAUUAGCUUGAAUCAGUAAAAGAAUUUUGGUUUCAUGUAUCAACAAUUCUUUGAAAACCCAUUCAAUAUAUCAUUGUAUCAUUAGCUUUAAUUGUAUCGAAGAAGAGGAGAAAGAUGAUUCAAAUACCGGGAAGAGAAUAAGUGUUUAGAUAACAGGUGAAGUUUAGAAGCGAACUCUAUGGAUCACCCUGAAGAUGAAUGUCGUGUUCCGGGAAAAUGUUGCCCGUCUGGAAGAGUUUAAGAAAUCGAUGGAAGCAAAGAUGACUCUACGUCAGAGUAAUUUGAAUCCCGAAAGGCCUGAUACGGGUUUCUUGAGGACACUAGAUUCUAGCAUUAAGCGCAAUACAGCAGUCAUUAAGAAGCUUAAACAGAUCAAUGAAGAGCAGAAAGAAGGAAUGAUGGAAGAGUUACGACAUGUCAACUUGAGCAAAUUCGUUAGUGAAGCUGUGACAGCUAUUUGUGAUGCCAAGCUUAGAACUUCAGAUAUCCAAGCAGCUGUCCAGAUAUGCUCUUUGCUUCACCAACGGUACAAGGAGUUUUCCCCAAGCCUGGUUCAGGGUUUGUUAAAAAUCUUUUCCUCCGGAAAAUCCGGAGAUGAAUUGGAUGUCGAUAAGAGCUCAAAAGCCAUGAAGAAACGUAGCACUUUAAAACUUCUUCUGGAACUUUAUUUUGUUGGAGUUAUAGAAGAAGCUGGUGUUUUUGUUACUAUUAUCAAAGAUCUUACUAGCUCAGAUCACUUAAAGGAUAGAGAUGCAACUUCAACAAAUUUAUCCCUCCUCGCGAGUUUUGCUCGGCAAGCAAGAGUGUUUCUUGGGCUUUCUCUAUCUGGACAGGAGUUUCAAGAAGAGUUUUUCAAGGGCCUCAAUAUCACUGCAGAUCAAAAGAAAAUCUUCAAAAAGAUCAUUUACACGUAUUAUGAUGUGGCUGCAGAGCUGCUGCAGUCAGAGCAUGCUGCCCUUCAUCAAUUGGAGCAUGAAAAUGCAAAGAUUUUGAAUGCUAAAGGGGAGCUCAGUGAGGAAAAUGCAACUUUGUACGAGAAGCAGCGAAAGUCAUAUGACCAUUUGUUUCGUGGUGUUUCAUCUUUAGCAGAAGCACUUGAUAUGCAGCCUCCGAUGAUGCCAGAAGAUGGUCACACAACUAGGGUUACAACUGGAGAUGAUACAUCAUCACCUGCCAAUGGAAAAGAAUCUUCUGCUCUUGAGCCUGUGUGGGAUGAUGAAGACACGAGGGCUUUCUAUGAGUGCUUACCGGAUCUAAGGGCAUUUGUCCCUGCUGUUUUAUUGGGAGAAUCAGAGACGAAGGCUCCUGAACAAUCUGCCAAAUCACAAGAACAAUCAACUGAAUCUACAUCCGAGCCAGAGCAAUCUCCCCUGGCUGUACAAGAAGCCACAGAGGGGUGUGCAGAUGCUGAAGCUUUGCAAGAGGGAACACUUGAUGUCAAAGCAAAAGUCAAGGAGGAUAAAGAUAAAGAAAAAACUAACGAUUCAGAAAAGGAGAAAGGAAAAGAAAAAGAUGCAGAAAAGAAGGUCGAUAAUGAGAAAGAGAAACUCAAAGGUGUCGAAGGAACUAGCUUGGAUGCUUUGUUGCAGAGGCUUCCGGGCUGCGUGAGCCGUGAUCUUAUUGAUCAUUUGACGGUAGAAUUCUGUUAUCUAAAUUCAAAGUCAAAUAGAAAAAGGCUUGUAAGAGCGUUGUUUAAUGUUCCAAGGACUUCCUUGGAGUUACUACCGUACUAUUCUCGUCUGGUGGCCACACUGGCAACGUGUAUGAAGGAUAUCUCUUCUAUGCUACUGGCUAUGUUGGAGGAGGAAUUCAAUUUCCUAAUAAAUAAGAAGGAUCAAAUGAAUAUCGAAACAAAGAUCAGGAACAUAAGGUUUAUCGGAGAACUUUGCAAGUUCAAAAUUGCACCUGCUGGUUUCGUCUUUAUUUGUUUGAAGGGUUGCUUAGAUGACUUCACCCAUCACAACAUAGAUGUUGCAUGCAACCUUCUUGAGACUUGCGGAAGGUUUUUAUAUCGAUCUCCUGAAACAACGGUCCGCAUGGCAAAUAUGCUUGAGAUAUUGAUGCGCUUAAAAAACGUAAAGAAUUUGGAUCCCCGUCACAGCACACUUGUGGAAAAUGCUUAUUACCUGUGCAAACCUCCUGAACGAUCUGCCCGAGUCUCUAAAGUCCGUCCUCCAUUACAUCAGUAUAUCAGAAAACUGCUUUUCUCAGACCUAAAUAAAUCCUCCAUUGAGCAUGUUCUGAGGCAACUUCGUAAAUUACCCUGGAGUGAAUGUGAAACGUACCUCUUGAAGUGCUUUUUGAAGGUUCACAAAGGAAAAUACAGUCAAGUUGACCUGAUUGCUUCUCUAACUGCUUGUUUGAGUCGCUAUCAUGAUGAAUUUGCUGUGGCAGUUGUUGAUGAGGUUUUGGAGGAGAUACGAGUGGGGUUGGAGGUGAAUGAUUAUGGGAUGCAGCAACGAAGGAUUGCACACAUGCGGUUCCUGGGGGAUCUGUACAACUAUGAACUUGUUGAUUCCUCUGUUAUAUUCGAGACACUUUAUCUGAUACUUAAUUUUGGGCAUGGGACACCUGAGCAAGAUGUUCUGGACCCACCUGAAGAUUGGUUUCGCGUCCGGAUGAUUAUAACACUUCUCCAUGCUUGUGGGCACUUCUUCAAUAGAGGUUCUUCAAAACGAAAACUUGAUCGAUUCCUAACUUAUUUCCAGAGAUACAUAUUAAGCAAAGGCCCAAUACCUUUGGAUAUUGAGUUCGACUUACAGGAUCUAUUUGCCAAUUUACGCCCAAACAUGGCGAGAUAUUUGUCAAUCGAGGAAGUUAAUGCGGCACUUAUAGAUCUUGAAGAACAUGAACGCAAAGGCUCAACUGACAAGACCAACAAUGAGAAGCUAAGGCGGACAACCUCUGCUAGUAUCUCCGCAAAUGGGAAAGGCGAAGCAAAUGGGGUUGAGGAAAAUGGUAAAGGUCAUGAAGAUGAGGGAGACAGUGAGAGUGAUACAGGAAGUGGAAGUAUUUUCCGGGAUGGGCGUGAAGGUGAGGUAGAGUCUUAUGAGGACAGAUCAGAGAAUCAGGAUGAGGAUAGUGACAGUGAUGACGAAGGUGGGCCUGCAGCUUCCGACGAGGAUGAAGUCCAAGUCAGGCAAAAGGUAAUAAAAGUAGAUCCCGAGGAAGAAGCUGAUUUUGACCGUGAGCUCAAGGCUCUUAUGCAAGAGAGUUUGGAAUCGCGUAAACUAGAAAUGCGGUCCAGACCAACAAUGAACAUGGUGAUACCAAUGAAUAUGUUUGAAGGAUCAACAAAGGAUCACCAUCAUGGACGGGGCUCUGAAGGUGAAAACAGUGGUGAGGAUACAAUGGAUGAAGAAGGUGGUGGUAAGAAGGAAGUGCGGGUGAAAGUUCUUGUGAAACGUGGGAACAAACAGCAGACAAAGCAGAUGUUCAUCCCUAAAGAUUGCUCAUUGGUGCAGAGCACAAGACAACAAGAGGCUGCUGAGUUAGAAGAGAAACAGAGUUUAAAAAAGCUAAUAUUGGAGUAUAACGACAGGGAGGAGGAAGAAAUGAAUGGAGUUGGAGCACAAACAACGAAUUGGGUUCAAACCGGAGUAAGUAGACCCAUGUCAGGCCGUGGAAGCACAUGGGAGGGAAGUGGUGGGAGAGGCGGUGGAGUUCGAUACCGGCAUCACACUUACUCUUCUGGUGGUGGUGGCGGAUUUUACUACGGAAGGAGGAGGUGAUAUUCAACUAUGAGAAGAUAAUGUGGUGGCAUUGUCGACUAAGGACAGAUCAGCAUGACACCUAUUCCUGGCGAUGGUGGCCGAUUUUACUUCAGAAGGAUGUAAGAUGGAAGUCUGAGAAAAAAGAAGCAAGCUUCUGUACUUUUGUGAUGCUGCUGUUGGUUUUUCCAUGUCCAUAUACUAUUAUUAGUUACAUCUUUUUGUAUACGAUGUCAAUAGUUAAUCUCCUCCCACAGUCGAAGGGUUUGAGCUUCAAAAGACCCUGUACUAACCAACUAUAAAGUAUUAUGUAUUUUUGGUGCAAGCUUAUUAUAAGUGCGGGAUUCUAAUAGGACAAAAAAGGUCAUUAUUCAAGGUGUCCCUUAUCAAAAGAAAA